AAUGAGAAGAGGAGGCUGUAUUGCCGCCCGGCGAAGUUAUCCCGACCGACAAAUCUAACGGCCACAGUCUGACCGAGGUACGUCAGUGUCGGUGAGAGUCACGUGACAGCAACUACAGCAUGGCGGAGCGGGAGGAGACGGUCAACAGCGGGAUUGUGCAGAGAGCGUUAUCUGUGACUGGACUUCCCAGUCUGGCCAGCAGCGUUUGGAGCUACGUGGAUAACACCAUAAGGUGGUGCUGGAUCCCUGACUGGCUGCCAUCAUGGUGUCCCACCUCUCAGAGCCAGCUGAAGGCUGCAGAGGACAGGAUGCUGAGCUGUGUCAGAACUGCAUUUAUCAAGCAGUUUGUCCCCGUCUCCUGUGGCAACAUGUUGUGGACGCUGGCUUUUUGCAGUGACGGUGUUAAGAAUAAAACCCCCAUGGUCGUGCUGCACGGCUUUGGAGGUGGCGUGGGUCUGUGGGCUCAGAACGUGGAAGCUCUCUCACAGGAUCGGCCGGUCUAUGCUCUGGACCUGCUGGGCUUUGGCCAGAGCACAAGGCCUGUCUUCUCCACCGACCCUCUGGAAGCAGAAGCUCAGUUUGUGGAGUCUAUUGAACAGUGGAGGGCCAAAGUGGGUGUGGAGUCCAUGAUAAUCCUGGGUCACAAUCUGGGAGGAUUCCUGGCUGUGUCCUAUGCUAUUAAAUAUCCAGCCAGGCUGAAACACCUGAUACUGGUGGAGCCGUGGGGUUUUCCUGAAGUUCAGGAGACGAUGGAAGCAGACCGCCCCAUUCCGGUGUGGAUCAAAGCUCUCGGAGCGAUGUUCAGUCCCUUCAACCCGCUGGCCAGCCUGAGGCUGGUCGGACCCCUUGGUCCUACUUUGGUUCAGACACUGAGACCCGACUUCAAGAAGAAGUUCUCCUCCAUGUUUUCAGACAACACCGUGUCAGAGUACAUCUACCACCUGAAUGUCCAAUCUCCCAGCGGAGAGACUGCUUUUAAGAGCAUGAUGGAUUCGUGCGGCUGGGCUAAGAGGCCCAUGCUGCAGAGGUUAGACCAGCUGCAUCCUGACAUCCCCAUCUCCAUCAUCUACGGCUCCCGCUCCAGCAUAGACAGCACCUCAGCCGCCUCCAUCAAAGAGAUGAGAACAAACUCUCACGUGGAGAUUAUUACCAUGCGUGGAGCUGGACACUAUGUCUUCGCUGACCAGGCGGAUGACUUCAAUAACAAAGUCUUGCAGGUGUGUGAAAAAGUGGACUGAGAACAGGGACGUUCUGGAUGUGAAACUGCGGAGCAAAAGGAGAGCGUGACUCACUAACAUCAUGAUCUGAUAUGCUGUGGGACCUCCUUAAGAAAAAGGAACAAGUUUCUUACAGAGGAAAAAAGGAGCAUGACUCAGAAAUGAGGACAUAAUUAUGAUCAUCAGACCAGUGAUUCAGUGGUAUUCUUAGAAACCCGAAAAAUCCAGCUGAUGCCAUCCAUCUGAUCGGUGCUAUUUAGCAGCAUUCCCAGUAUUACCCAAUAAUCCCAUUAGACCCGAACUGGGUGGUUCAUUUGAAUUACGUGUGAGCGCCACAUGGAAAGGUGUCACUAUACAUUCUGGGUCGGAGAGCAGGAGGAUGUGUUAUAAACAUCCAUCUGAUUGAAGUCCACAUACAGUACAUCUUCACAAUCAAUCUUCUAAAGUCUUAUAAGAAUGGGAAAAUUACUCCAUUUUCUUUUAUUUUUGUUCUAACUCAACAUUUAUUCAUAAAUCCUGCCUGUGCAUACAUGUGGGAUGUUGAGUGAAGAAGUGACUUCCACUACAUUGUUUUUGUGCUCAGCUUUAGUUUGUUUCUGUCACACUCACAUGUUUACUCCAGCUCUGACUGAUGUUUCUAUGCUGAGCCUUUUCAGUGGCCUCUUCUUCCUCCUCUGAUCCAAAAUUAAGCUGUGAGGAACCAGAGAAGCUGGAGUUCCUGGAGCAAAGGUUUUCUAUAAUACAAAGAUUCUCAAGUUAAGCUUAAAUGUUUUAAUAUGUUCAGGAUGAACAGAAUCACGCUGAUAAAGCAUUAAAAAAAGUUGAAAACUGUUGAAUAACAAUUUUUUGUUAGUAGAAUAACCACAUAUAUUUGAUGAAAUGAGUGUUUUCUAAAAACGCAUCUCAUUCAUGUUUUUCUGAGUAUUGUAAAUAUUGAAUUAUUAUGUUUGUAAUGGUCUAUUUUAAAAAGUACAAUGUACAAUGUUCUUCCUGCUGUUUCAUUGCAGCCUAAUUAACAUUAAAAAGCCGUUUUCAGAGCGUUUAUAUUAUGAGCAGAGCAACCUGGGAUCAGCUAUCUCUGACAGGGCUGAUAAAGGUCGUCACAAUUAGAAAAUGAUCUGUCUUGUCAUUUUCUUGAUUUGGCCUAGUCCACAGAUAGCCAUAAAUCUUGGAAAGCAACAUAUUUCAAUGCGUUCUGGCUUUUAUCCACACGGAAACUAUUUUAUGGAACUAAAAACAAUUAUGAAAACACAGACCAAAGUGGAGUUUUGAGAAAACUUCAUAUUUGUGUUUGAUUGUGUUCAUGGAUAACUGUAGAUGUAGGGUUUGCAACAGUAUGUCUACAUACUUGCUUUCACAUGAUUCCCAAUCGACAACGUCUUGUUUUAUUAACUUUAUAUUCUAAUACGCCAUUUAAAAGUAGUUCAACCUCCAUUUAUGUCCACACAAAUUAACUUAAUGGCGGCAUAUUUAAUUAAUAAAAGGAAGUCCUGGUUGAUUUGAAGGAUUGUGAUUGGCUGACACAGGUUUGAGCUUUGCACUACACUGCCCUCUAUGGGUUUUAUCAUGUUUAAAACAAUGCUUAUGGGCGGAUUUGUGCAGGUUUUGUGAAUGGAAACUUAUUUUUUAAAACGAUGUGGCAGAAAUAUUUGUUUUUAUAAAGACCCAGCUAUAUGUAUUCUAGGCCAUUUGUUUCAAAAAUUGGAUUUUCCUUUUUGAUAAGAUUGUUUGAAACCAGAAUUUAGCACUUUCAGAAGGUAACAUACUUUACUGCCUUUAGGUUUUAAAUAAGUAUAAAUAAAUAAUAAUAAGUCUAAACAGACUUUUUUCUAGACAUUACUGCAAGGACUCUGCUGUUUUAUUUUCUCUAUUCAGUUUAUAUGAAUAAAUUGAAUGCUUGACUCAG